AGUUGCCACAUCGAGGCGUGCGGUCUGAGUCCAUCCCAGAGUCCAUGUUGGAAACCGCUGAGCAGCUGAUGGUGGAAGAUCUCUACAACCGUGUCAGGGACAUGAUUGAUGACCGCAGCCCCUACAACACACCCUGUGUGCUGGACAUCCAGAGAGCCAUGGUGCAGGACCGCCUAGAGGCUCCCAUCAAUCCCGUGGAUGAGGUGUGGCCCAACAUCUUCAUUGCCGAAAAGUCUGUUGCAGUGAAUAAGGCCCGUCUGAAGCGAAUAGGCAUCACACACAUCCUGAACACAGCUCACGGUACAGGAGUCUACACCAACGAGUCAUUUUACGCCAGCAUGAACAUUAAGUACAUGGGCAUUGAAGUAGACGACUUCCCUGAUGCUGACAUCUCGGUGCACUUUAGACCCACCGCCGAAUUCUUGGAUGACGCUCUGCUGACGCACAAAGACACCGCCUUCCUGGUGACACACACACAGGUUCUGAAAGCUCUGAAGAAGGUGAACCCCCACAAGGCUGUGGAACCCGAUGGAGUUCCUCCCAGAGUACUGAAAGCCAGUGGGUAA